UGGCGGAGACGAGCGACCUUUUCACAGGUUGUCAACGCUAAAAGAAGUUAAAGACAAGAAUAAGGACAAACAAUCAGAAUUUAACUAUUAGGAGUGUUUUAAACAGACUCUUUGGAGUCAAAUCUAGUCAAUUCCGGCGUUGUGCAGUGAUUUGAAACGGAGAAAUAGAACUAUGGCGGACAAACCGAAGUCAAGAGGAAAGGCGAGCGCAGAGGCGAAGAAUAAGUCUCGACUCGCUGGACUUGCUCCUGGAGAAAAUAUUGCCCUUAAACAACAAAGACUAAAGGAGGAGCGCGAGGCAAGACGAGCCAAGCUAGAUGACCGCCAUUACUACAUGCUGGUCACUGUGGCUGACCGCCUGGGACUUGAGAGGAAUGAGGUGGAGGACGCCAUUCUGGAGGGGAAACAGAUUGAAAUGAUGGAUGAUUUCUUCUGUGCAGAUGGCACAAAUCAUCUGACAUUUUUCUACCAAGAACCUGACCUUGAGAAAGAUGGAGUGACUGUGGAUUUUCAGCUACCAAAAGAGGAAUCUCGGCGCAAGUCAGGCGCAAUUGACCACAUGCGGUUGGGCCCCCCAGGGCAGCCGACCAAGAAGGCGUCCAAACCCAAAGUGUUUGUGGCAGACGCUAAGAGCACCCCUUUACAUGGCACCUGUCUGUUCUUCAUCAGAGUGGACCCCAAGAAGGCCAUCACAGAGGCCAACAUUGUACAGGAGGUCAACUUCACAGUCAUGGAGACCAAUGGUCAGUCCAACGGCUGUGGCCUGCUCUCAGCCAUCGAGUACCUGCUGACCACCAUCUUUAUCCCGGUGUUGAAGCGUCUGGAGAAAGGCUGGGGGCAGCUGGAGGGCAAGACUGGAGACAUGGUCAAGGCAGACUUUAUGAACCAUCUGGACUCGUUUGUAUCUGUACUAGCAGGAGCCCAGGAGAGUCUUGAAGACAAAGUGAACCUUACUCCCUGUGAGAAGUAUGACCUGUCCAAGAUCCAGUCCCCAGCAGAGUUUCAGGCCAUUGCUAACAGCACAGAGGCUUUAGAGGGGAUAGAAGAGACCAUAGCUGUCUGGAUAAAGCAGAUAGAACAGGUACUGGCUGAGAGUGAACAGAUGAGGAAGGAGGCAGACGACAUUGGUCCCAGGGCCGAACUAGACCACUGGAAGAAGAGAAUGUCAAAGUUUAACUAUCUGCUGGACCAGAUCAAGGGGCCAGAGGUCAAGGCCGUCCUGGGAGUGCUGCAGGCUGCCAAGUCUAAGACCAUUAAGACAUGGCAAGAGUUAGAUCGCAGAAUAACAGAUGCUGCCAAUGAGGCCAAAGAUAACGUCAAGUAUCUGUACACCCUGGACAAGUUCUGUGACCCCCUCUAUAACAGUGAUCCUGUUGGAAUGUUGGAGGCCAUCCCAGGUCUGAUCAAUGCUAUUCGUAUGGUCCACAGUAUAUCAAGGUAUUACAACACCUCUGAGAGAAUGACCUCCCUCUUUGUCAAGUGCACAAAUCAAAUGAUCACUGCCUGUAAAGGGUACAUCACAUGUGGGGGUAUUGAGACCAUAUGGACGCAGGCGACAGACGAAGUCCUCAAGAAGCUCCAGGAUUGUAUCAAACUGAACGACGAGUACCAGCGAUGCUUUCAGCGCACAAAGCAGAAGUUGGAAACCAUGCCAAACGAGAGACAGUUCGAGUUCUCCGAGAUGUACAUCUUUGGGAAGUUUGACACAUUUACACGGAGGUUGAAGAAGAUUACGGAGAUGUUUAACACCAUGGAGAUGUACUCUCACUUGGCAGAGUCCAAGAUUGAAGGUAUGGAAAUCAUGGCCAACAAGUUCAGUGUGAUUGUGACCUCCUUGAAGAAGAAGCCAUACGACUACCUGGACCAGAGAAAGAUGGACUUUGACCAGGACUUUGAAGAUUUCAAGAGACAAAUUCAGGAACUUCAUAGCGGCAUCAUCAUGUUCAUGGACCAACGUUUUGAGAAGAUAACCAGCACUGCUAGAGCUUUGUGGAUGCUGAGGAGAUUUGAGCGCCUAAAUCUCCCCAAUCUAGGAAUUCCUGAGAAAUAUGCCAAGAUUCUCAACAAAUACGGCAGAGAUAUUGAAAGCGUGUCAAAAUCGUACCAGAGAGAUAAGACAGAGCCUCCCAUUGGUAGAGAUCUCCCACCAAUUGCAGGUAAGAUAGCGUGGGCGCGUCAGUUGUACCGUAGGAUCCAGGAACCCAUGGAGGUGUUCCAGCAGCACCCCACCAUCCUGCAGGGUCCUGAGGCCAAGAGAAUCAUCAAAAACUUUAACAAACUGGCCAAAGUGCUCCUGGAGUAUGAGGUCCUAUAUCACAGGGGCUGGAUUAGACAGGUUGAGGCAGCCAAGUCUGGUCUCCAAGCCUCCCUCAUUGUACGUCACCCAGAGACCCAAGAGCUCUACGUGAACUUUGACCCCCAAAUUAUCACCCUAAUCAGAGAGACGGAGUGCAUGGUACGCCUGGGACUGGAGAUCCCUCCUGCUGCCAAAAAUCUGCGCGCCAAGCAGGAGCAGUUCAAAGAGAAUUACAACAUGCUCACUCUGAUGCUGGCAGAGAACAAGCGUGUUCGAGAUAAAAUCCCUGCGUCGUUUGAGCCCCUGAUGACCCCCCACACCAACAAAGUGGACGAUGUGAUUGAGCCUGGUCUGACCACUCUAACCUGGACAUCCAUGAACAUUGAUUUAUUUGUCAAAGAUGUCUACGCAGCCCUGGAAGAGCUGGAGCUCCUGAUAGACCGCGCAAAUGAUCUCACAGAGUUCCGAAUUGACGCCAUCUUGCACGAGAUGAGCACCACGACUCUCUGCGAGUUCCCAGAUGAAGUACCGUGGACUGUGGAUGAAUUCAUGCAAAGAACACAGCAACUGUGCAGUGCUGGUGCCCUCACUCUCAAUUCUAAGAGCAUCAACGUGGAAGACGCGGCCAAUGAACUGAUCAACAUGUUGUGUGACUUUGGCCCUGAGGAGUCAGAAGCUGAGCCAGAGGAGGAUGAGGAUAAAGAUGAGAAUGGUGAGAAGGGCAGUAGAGCAGGCAGCCCCACUCCGUCCAGGUCCUCCCAGACAGGAAGUCGCCAGGGCUCCCAGCGCCCCAUAUCCCAGGGUGCCAAAAAGCACAGGAACAAGAAGAAGGAGAUGCGUGAAUCCAUGGAGGAGACAGCCAUGGAGCUCCUUAGCCAUUUUAACCAUCGCAACCUGGACUCCCUUCUGAAGGUGACGAGAAACACCCUGGAGUCACUGAGGAAGAGAAUUAUUUCAUCUUCUACUGUGUCUUAUAUUGAUUUGGGUGACAGCACCAAGAGUCGUCCUUUCUUCAAGACAGAUGCCGUUCUGGCUAUUCCCAACAUUGUGAUGCAGCCAGCUCUGGACGAGGUCCAACAAACAGUCAACAAGGUGGCCUUGACCAUCCUUAGUGUUUCUAAGGGCGUCGCCCAGUGGAGCAAAGAACGUCGGAAGACGGUCAAGAAAACAGAACGUUCCGGGUCAUUCUCAGAGCACCAUAACGAUCGCAGAUCAAGCAUAGGGAGCAUUGCCGCGUCCGAGGUGUCACAUGUGGGAGCUGGUGGACGACGAGGUAGCCGUGGUCGGCUGGAAGCAGGGGAGAGUAUGACCAGUUUGACCGUUCAACAGCAGCCUAAGAACUACUACAAGCAGGUGUCUGAGAACAAAGAAGUAGCCAAGAUGGUGGGCCUGCUCCAGACAUCCAUUAACUCCACCAAGAAGGAGGUCAACUUCACAGUCAUGGAGACCAAUGGUCAGUCCAACGGCUGUGGCCUGCUCUCGGCCAUUGAGUACCUUCUGACCACCAUCUUUAUCCCGGUGUUGAAGCGUCUGGAGAAAGGCUGGGGGCAGCUGGAGGGCAAGACUGGAGACAUGGUCAAGGCAGACUUCAUGAACCAUCUGGACUCGUUUGUAUCUGUACUGGCAGGAGCCCAGGAGAGUCUUGAAGAUAAAGUGAACCUUACUCCCUGUGAGAAGUAUGACCUGUCCAAGAUCCAGUCCCCGGCCGAGUUCCAGGCCAUUGCUAACAGCACAGAGGCUUUAGAGGGGAUAGAAGAGACCAUAGCUGUCUGGAUAAAACAGAUAGAACAGGUCCUGGCGGAGAGUGAACAGAUGAGGAAGGAGGCAGACGACAUUGGUCCGAGGGCUGAACUGGACCACUGGAAGAAGAGAAUGUCCAAGUUUAACUAUCUGCUGGACCAGAUUAAGGGACCAGAGGUCAAGGCCGUCCUCGGGGUGCUGCAGGCUGCAAAGUCUAAGACCAUUAAGACUUGGCAAGAGUUGGAUCGCAGGAUAACAGAUGCCGCCAACGAGGCCAAAGAUAACGUCAAAUAUCUGUACACCCUGGACAAGUUCUGUGACCCCCUCUAUAACAGUGAUCCUGUUGGAAUGUUGGAGGCCAUCCCAGGUCUGAUCAAUGCUAUCCGCAUGGUUCACAGUAUAUCAAGGUAUUACAACACCUCUGAGAGAAUGACCUCCCUCUUUGUCAAGUGCACAAAUCAAAUGAUCACUGCCUGUAAGGGAUACAUCACGUGUGGGGGUAUCGAGACCAUAUGGACGCAGGCAACAGAUGAAGUCCUCAAGAAGCUCCAGGACUGUAUCAAACUGAACGACGAGUACCAGCGAUGCUUUCAGCGCACAAAGCAGAAGUUGGAAACCAUGCCAAAUGAGAGACAGUUUGAGUUCUCGGAGAUGUACAUCUUUGGGAAGUUUGACACGUUUACGCGGAGGUUGAAGAAGAUUACGGAGAUGUUUAACACCAUGGAGAUGUACUCACACCUGGCGGAGUCCAAGAUUGAAGGUAUGGAAAUCAUGGCCAACAAGUUCAGUGUGAUUGUGACCUCCUUGAAGAAGAAGCCAUACGACUACCUGGACCAGAGAAAGAUGGACUUUGACCAGGACUUUGAAGAUUUCAAGAGACAAAUUCAAGAACUUCAUAGCGGUAUCAUCAUGUUCAUGGACCAACGUUUUGAGAAGAUAACCAGCACUGCGAGAGCUUUGUGGAUGCUGAGGAGAUUUGAGCGCCUAAAUCUCCCAAAUCUGGGAAUUCCUGAGAAAUAUGCCAAGAUUCUCAACAAAUACGGCAGAGAUAUUGAAAGUGUUUCAAAAUCCUACCAGAGAGAUAAGACAGAGCCUCCUAUUGGUAGAGAUCUCCCACCAAUUGCAGGUAAGAUAGCGUGGGCGCGUCAGCUAUAUCGUAGGAUCCAGGAACCAAUGGAGGUGUUCCAACAGCACCCCACCAUCCUGCAGGGUCCUGAGGCCAAGAGAAUCAUCAAAAACUUUAACAAACUGGCCAAAGUGCUCCUGGAGUAUGAGGUCCUAUAUCACAGAGGAUGGAUUAGACAGGUGGAGGCAGCCAAGUCUGGUCUCCAAGCCUCCCUCAUUGUACGUCACCCAGAGACCCAAGAGCUCUACGUGAACUUUGACCCCCAAAUUAUCACACUGAUCAGAGAGACGGAGUGCAUGGUGCGCCUGGGACUGGAGAUCCCUCCUGCUGCCAAAAAUCUGCGUGCCAAGCAGGAGCAGUUCAAAGAGAAUUACAACAUGCUGACUCUGAUGCUGGCAGAGAACAAGCGUGUUCGAGAUAAAAUCCCUGCGUCGUUUGAGCCCCUGAUGACCCCCCACACCAACAAAGUGGACGAUGUGAUUGAACCUGGUCUGACCACUCUAACCUGGACAUCCAUGAACAUUGAUUUAUUUGUCAAAGAUGUCUAUGCAGCCCUGGAAGAGCUGGAGCUCCUGAUAGACCGCGCAAAUGAUCUCACAGAGUUCAGAAUUGACGCCAUCUUGCACGAGAUGAGCACCACGACUCUCUGCGAGUUCCCUGAUGAAGUACCGUGGACUGUGGAUGAAUUCAUGCAAAGAACACAGCAACUGUGCAGUGCUGGUGCCCUCACUCUCAAUUCUAAGAGUAUCAAUGUAGAAGACGCGGCCAACGAACUCAUCAACAUGUUGUGUGACUUCGGCCCUGAGGAGUCGGAGGCUGAGCCAGAGGAGGAUGAGGAUAAAGAUGAGAAUGGUGAGAAGGGCAGUAGAGCAGGCAGCCCCACUCCGUCCAGGUCCUCCCAGACAGGAAGUCGCCAGGGCUCCCAGCGUCCCAUUUCCCAGGGUGCCAAAAAACACAGGAACAAGAAGAAGGAGAUGCGUGAAUCCAUGGAGGAGACGGCCAUGGAGCUCCUGAGCCAUUUCAACCAUCGCAACCUGGACUCCCUUCUGAAGGUGACGAGAAACACCCUGGAGUCACUGAGGAAGAGAAUUAUUUCAUCAUCUACUGUGUCUUAUAUUGAUUUGGGUGACAGCACCAAGAGUCGUCCUUUCUUCAAGACAGAUGCAGUUCUGGCUAUUCCCAACAUCGUGAUGCAGCCAGCUCUGGACGAGGUCCAACAAACAGUCAACAAGGUGGCCUUAACCAUCCUAAGUGUUUCUAAGGGCGUCGCCCAGUGGAGCAAAGAACGUCGGAAGACGGUCAAGAAAACGGAGCGUUCCGGGUCGUUCUCAGAGCACCAUAACGACCGCAGAUCAAGCAUAGGGAGCAUUGCCGCGUCCGAGGUGUCACAUGUGGGAGCUGGUGGGCGACGAGGUAGCCGUGGUCGGCUGGAAGCAGGGGAGAGUAUGACCAGUUUGACCGUUCAACAGCAGCCUAAGAACUACUACAAGCAGGUGUCUGAGAACAAAGAAGUAGCCAAGAUGGUGGGCCUGCUCCAGACAUCCAUUAACUCCACCAAGAAGGAAAUCACCACUGCCCUGGACACCUUCAAGCACUACCAUGUGAUCUGGGAGAAAGACAUGGAGGAAGACCUGAAAGAAUUUAUGAAACAGGAGCCAAAACUGUCCGAGUUUGAGGCAAAGAUCUUACACUACAAUGAGCUGGAAGCCAUGGUGAAUGCUGAGCCAGACUUCUAUGAUGUGGGCGCCAUUGCUCUGUACACUGAAAAACUCAAGCUUGGUCUGACCACCGAGACCAAAGCCUGGAGGAUACACUACGGCAAGGCCUGCAACCACAAGUAUGCCACAGAAAUGCAGGAGAUCUUCGACUUCAUUGAGGAAACCACCAAGAGGCUGAGCCGACCAAUCAAAGACCUGGAUGAUAUCCGCUUUGUCAUGGCGGGACUGAAAGAAAUUCGGGAGAAGGAAAUUAGACUGGACAUGAAUAUCGGGCCCAUUGAGGAGUCUUAUGCAAUGCUCGUAAAACACGAACUCCCCGUAGAGCGCGAGGAGAUGGAGCGUGUGGACACACUUCGGUACUCCUGGGAGCGCAUGAACGCACAGGCCGUUGAGAUGUCGCACUAUCUUGUCAAGAUUCAACCAGACUUCCGUAGUGAACUUAUCGACAAUGUUCAGGUCUUUGCUGAGGACUGUAAGGACUUCUAUGGGGACUACGCCACAGCUGGCCCCAUGGUGGCAGGAGUUCCACCCAGAGAGGCGUCAGAGAGGCUGCUGAUUUUCCAGAACCGCUUCGACACCCUGUUCCGCAAGUACACCACAUAUACAGGGGGUGAGGAACUUUUUGGUCUCCCUGUCACACCCUACCCAGAACUCUUACAGAUCAAAAAGGAGCUGAAUCUGCUCCAGAAGCUGUAUGGCCUGUACAACGCUGUCAUAGAAACAGUCAAUAGUUACUACGACAUUCUGUGGCAGGAGGUGAACAUUGAGAAGAUCAACACAGAGUUACUGGACUUUCAGAACAAAUGCCGCAAGCUGCCUCGAGCACUAAAAGAAUGGCCAGCUUUUGAAGACUUGCGUAAGACCAUUGACGACUUUAAUGAGAUGGUUCCGCUUCUGGAGUUGAUGACAAACAAAGCCAUGAAACCGCGUCAUUGGCAGAGAAUGGCGGAGCUGACAGGUCACGUAUUUGACGUGGAGAAUGAGAACUUUACUCUAAGGAACAUUCUGGAGGCUCCCCUGCUGAAGUACAAGGAAGAGAUUGAGGAUAUCUGUAUCUCCGCUGUGAAGGAGAAGGAUAUCGAGGCCAAGCUGAAACAGGUCAUCGCAGAAUGGAACAGCCAUGAUUUCCAUUUUGGUAACUUCAAGAACCGUGGCGAGCUCCUGCUGCGUGGUGAUAACACCAGUGAGAUUGUGGCGCUGAUGGAAGAUUCUUUGAUGAUCCUGAGCUCGUUGCUUAGCAACAGAUACAACGCCCCCUUCAAGAAGCAGAUCCAGACCUGGGUACAGAACCUGUCUAACUCCACAGAGAUCAUUGAGAACUGGAUGACAGUACAGAACCUGUGGGUAUACCUGGAGGCCGUCUUUGUGGGGGGUGACAUCGCUAAACAACUGCCACAGGAAGCCAAGAGGUUCUCCAACAUAGACAAGUCCUGGAUACGCAUCAUGCAGCGAGCCCACGAGACUCCCAAUGUGAUCCAGUGUUGUGUUGGUGACGAGACCCUGAUGCAACUACUACCACAUCUGCUGGAACAACUGGAACUUUGCCAGAAAUCUCUCACUGGCUAUCUCGAGAAGAAACGUCUGCUGUUCCCACGUUUCUUCUUCGUGUCAGACCCUGCUCUCCUGGAGAUCUUGGGUCAGGCCAGCGACCCUCAUACCAUCCAGGCACAUCUCCUCAGUGUGUUUGAUAACACCAAACUUGUCAAGUUCCACGAGAAGAAUUACGACCAGAUUCUGUCUAUUGUGUCUUCAGAGGGAGAGACAGUUGAUCUUGAGAAGCCGGUGAAGGCAGAAGGUAAUGUAGAGGUCUGGCUUAUGGCACUGAUGUUGAUGGCACAGAAAUCUCUCCACGGUGUCAUCAGAACUGCUGCCAUGGCGAUACAGGACAGCGGCUUUAACCUGCUGGAGUUCCUGAACAUGUUCCCCGCACAGGUCGGCCUCUUGGGUAUUCAGCUGAUUUGGACCAGAGACGCCGACGAGGCACUGAAAAAUGCCAAAUACGACAAGAAAGUCAUGGCGGGCACCAACCAGGCCUUCCUGGAGCUGCUGAACCUGCUGAUUGCACAGACGACACGGGAGUUGACUAAAGUGGAGAGGACAAAGUUCGAGACCCUUAUCACCAUCCAUGUACAUCAGAGAGACAUUUUUGAUGACUUGUGUCGUAUGCACAUCAAGUCCCCCCAGGACUUCGAGUGGCUGAAGCAGACGCGUUUCUACUUCAUUGAGGACCAAGACAAGACCCUGAUCUCUAUCACUGACGUGGACUUUAUUUACCAGAAUGAAUUCCUGGGGUGCACAGAGAGACUUGUCAUCACUCCACUGACUGAUAGAUGUUACAUCACUCUAGCCCAGGCCCUGGGGAUGUCCAUGGGGGGUGCCCCCGCCGGUCCCGCCGGGACAGGGAAGACGGAGACCACCAAGGAUAUGGGCAGAUGUCUGGGGAAAUAUGUGGUUGUCUUUAACUGCUCAGAUCAGAUGGACUUCAGAGGAUUAGGACGUAUCUACAAAGGCUUGGCUCAGUCUGGCUCAUGGGGCUGCUUUGACGAGUUCAACAGAAUUGAGCUGCCCGUGCUGUCAGUGGCUGCUCAGCAGAUCGCCAUUGUACUGACGUGUAAGAAGGAGAGGAAGAAGAACUUCAUCUUCACUGAUGGAGACAAUGUGGACAUGAACCCUGAGUUUGGAAUCUUCUUGACUAUGAACCCUGGUUAUGCUGGACGCCAGGAACUGCCAGAGAAUCUGAAGAUCAAUUUCCGUACAGUCGCCAUGAUGGUACCGGAUCGUCAGAUUAUCAUCCGCGUCAAGCUUGCCAGCUGUGGUUUCAUAGAGAACAUUGUGCUGGCUAGAAAGUUCUACAUCCUGUAUAAACUUUGUGAGGAACAGCUUACAAAACAGGUCCACUACGACUUUGGUCUGCGUAACAUCCUCUCCGUGCUGCGUACCCUGGGUACCAACAAGCGUGCCAACCCCAACGACACAGAACAGACCAUUGUCAUGCGUGUCCUUCGUGACAUGAACCUGUCCAAACUGGUGGAUCAGGACGAGCCACUGUUCUUGUCUCUGAUUAACGACUUGUUCCCAGGGAUCACCCUGGACAAGGCAGGGUACCCUGAGCUGGAGAACGCCCUGAAGAUCAGAGUGGAGGAAGUGGGACUGGUGUACCACGCACCCUGGGUCCUCAAGUGUAUUCAGCUCUUUGAGACCCAGCGUGUCCGUCACGGUAUGAUGACACUGGGGCCGAGUGGCGCUGGGAAAACCAAGUGUAUCUACAGCCUGAUGAAAGCCAUGACAGACUGUGGGGAACCCCAUAGAGAAAUGAGGAUGAACCCCAAGGCUAUCACAGCACCCCAGAUGUUUGGUCGGCUGGAUGUGGCGACCAAUGACUGGACAGACGGUAUCUUCUCUACACUGUGGCGGAGGACUCACAGGGCUAAGAAAGGAGAACACAUCUGGCUCGUCUUGGAUGGUCCAGUCGACGCCAUCUGGAUUGAAAACCUGAACUCUGUCCUGGAUGACAACAAGACCCUGACUUUGGCCAAUGGUGACCGUAUCCCCAUGGCAACAUUGUGUAAGAUCAUCUUUGAGCCACACAACAUUGAUAAUGCCUCUCCAGCCACUGUGUCUAGGAACGGCAUGGUGUACAUGAGUAGCUCUGGAAUGGAUUGGAACCCUAUCCUCUCCGGUUGGCUGAACACGCGGUCAGUGGGAGAGUCGAGUAUCCUGAUGUCGCUGUUUGAGUCAUCUUUCCCAGAGGUCUGGAGGUUUGCCACACAGAAUCUGGUCUUCAAGAUGGACACCAUGGAGGCCUUUGUCAUCAACCAGGCUUGUAAUCUCCUCCAAGGACUCAUCCCUAACAGAGAAGACAAACAGACACUGUCCAAGGAACACUACGAGCACCUGUACGUCUUUACACUCAUGUGGAGCAUUGGCGCCUACCUAGAGUGGGACGACAGAGCCAAGAUGGAGGAAUUCCUACGCAACAAUGAAGAGAUAAGAUUGGAUCUACCAAACCUUGAUGGUUUCCCAGAUUCCACCAUGUUUGAUUUCUUAGUAGAGGAAAAUGGCACGUGGUCUCACUGGAACACCAAAGUGGAACCGUACCAUUACCCUCCAGACACCACCCCUGAGUACGGCUCCAUCCUGGUCCCCAACGUAGACAACGUCCGUACUGAGUUCCUCAUUCACACCAUCUCCAAGCAGGAGAAAGCUGUGCUGCUGAUAGGAGAACAAGGGACAGCCAAGACAGUCAUGAUCAAUGGCUACAUGGGGAAAUACAACCCCGAGGAGCACAUGGCCAAGUCGUUGAAUUUCUCAUCUGCGACGACGCCCUACAUGUUCCAGAGAACAGUGGAGAGUUAUGUAGACAAGAGAAUGGGCAGCACUUACGGACCUCCGGCAGGGAAGAAGAUGAGCGUGUUCAUUGAUGACGUCAACAUGCCAAUCAUCAACGAGUGGGGAGAUCAGGUAGCCAAUGAGAUUGUCCGCCAGUUGAUGGAGAUGAAAGGAUUCUACAGCUUGGAGAAACCUGGAGAUUUCACCACCAUUGUGGACAUGCAGUUCUUGGCAGCCAUGAUUCACCCUGGUGGUGGUCGUAACGACAUCCCACAGCGUCUGAAGAGACAGUUCACCAUCUUUAACUGCACGCUGCCUUCUAACCCGUCCAUUGACAAAAUCUUCAGCUGUAUUGGCGAGGGUCACUACUGCCAGGAAAGGGGGUUCUCGGAGGCUGUGAGGAAGUUGAUUGCAAGAUUGGUGCCUGUAACAAGACGACUUUGGCAGCUCACUAAGAUCAAGAUGUUGCCGACCCCUGCCAAGUUCCACUACAUCUUUAACUUGCGUGAUCUGUCCCGUAUCUGGCAGGGCAUGAUCAACACUGAGUUUGAGGUCGUUAAGGACGAGAAGACAGUCAUGGCGCUGUGGAAACAUGAGUGCUGCAGGGUCAUAUCUGACAGGUUCACAUCAUACGAUGACUACACCUGGUUUGUUAGCACCGUGUCUCGUGUGGUGAGAGAGGAUAUCGGAGAGGCCAAAGUCCCCAUGGUUGAGCUGGAACCCUGGUUUGGGGACUUCUUUAGAGAUGCCCCAGAGGCUACAGGGGACGAACCAGAGGAUGCAGACUUUGACAUGCCCAAGAUUUAUGAACCCAUUCCAUCAUUUGAAGCCCUGGAAGAGAGGCUUCGAUUCUUCAUGGCACAGUACAAUGAGAGCAUUAGAGGCGCUAACAUGGAUUUGGUGUUUUUCCGAGAUGCUAUGACACACUUGGUGAAGAUCUCUCGUAUCAUUCGUACACCACGUGGCAAUGCACUGCUGGUUGGCGUAGGAGGUUCUGGCAAACAGUCAUUGACAAAAUUGGCUUCCUUCAUUGCAGGAUACAAGAUAUUCCAGAUUACCCUGACUAGGUCCUACAAUGUGAGUAACCUGAUGGAGGACCUGAAGUACCUGUACAGGACAGCUGGUCAGCAGGGUCAGGGCAUCACCUUCAUCUUCACUGACCAGGAGAUCAAGGAUGAGGGCUUCUUGGAGUACCUGAACAAUGUGCUGUCCUCUGGUGUGGUCUCCAACCUGUUUGCCCGAGACGAGAUGGAUGAAAUUACCAUGGAGUUGAUCCCAGUCAUGAAGAAGGAGUUUCCGAGGCGACCACCCAGUAACGAGAACCUCUAUGAUUACUUCCUGUCUCGUACCAGGGCUAAUCUUCACGUCGUCCUCUGCUUCUCACCUGUUGGUGAAAAGUUCCGCAGCCGAGCACUGAAGUUCCCUGGUCUCAUCUCAGGCUGUACCAUGGACUGGUUCCAGCGCUGGCCCAAGGAUGCUCUGAUUGCUGUCGCUGACCACUUCCUGUCCAAGUUUGACAUCGAGUGUACGCCAGAGGUGAAGAAGCAGCUGAUCCAGGCCAUGGGGACUUUCCACGACGGCGUGGCUGAGAGUUGUGUGGAAUAUUUCCAGAGAUAUCGUCGCUCUACCCAUGUGACCCCCAAGUCGUACCUGUCCUUCUUGGCUGGGUACAAGACCAUCUACAGUGACAAGAGAGGAGAGAUUGGAGAGCUCUCUCAGAGGAUGCAAACUGGUCUUGAGAAGUUGGUAGAGGCCUCGGAGGCCGUGGGCGAGCUUAGUAAGGAGCUGGAAGUGAAGGAGAAGGAGCUGGCCAUAGCCUCGGCCAAGGCAGAGGAGGUACUGAAGACCGUCACCUCCAAGGCACAGGCUGCUGAGAAAGUCAAGAAUCAGGUACAAAAGGUCAAGGACAAGGCCCAGGCCAUUGUAGACAGCAUUGAAGCUGACAAAGCCAUCGCGGAGGGUAAACUUGAGGCUGCCCGCCCUGCCCUGGAGGAAGCUGAAGCUGCCCUGAAAACCAUCAAACCAGCUGACAUAGCCACUGUGCGAAAACUUCUGAAUCCCCCCCACUUAAUUAUGAGGAUCAUGGACUGUGUGUUGAUCUUGUUCCAGCGCAGAGUGAAUCCUGUGGAAGUGGACAAGGACAGACCUUGUGUCAAACCCUCCUGGGGAGAGUCCUUGAAGAUGAUGGCAGGUGGUGGCCUCCUCACACAACUUGUAGAGUUCCCCAAAGACAGCAUCAACGAGGAAACAGUGGAACUCCUGGCUCCGUACCUGGAUAUGGAGGAUUAUAACCUGGAGACAGCGAAGAAGGUGUGUGGUAAUGUGGCCGGGUUGUGUUCCUGGACGCAAGCAAUGGCCUACUUCUUUACCAUCAACAAGGAGGUCCUGCCAUUGAAGGCAAACUUGGUUGUUCAAGAGGCUCGCCUCAAUGUGGCCAUGACUGACCUGAAUGCUGCCCAAGCUCAGCUGGAUGAGAAAGAGGCUGAGCUGCGGGAAGUGCAGGCCAUGUAUGACAAAGCUAUGAGAGAAAAACAAGCAUUGAUUGAUGAUGCAGAGAACUGUCGUCGCAAAAUGAGCGCGGCGUCUGCUCUGAUUACGGGUCUGGGCGGUGAGAAGGUCAGGUGGACGGAGCAGAAUAAAGAGUUCAAGGCGCAGAUUGGAAGACUAGUUGGUGACAUCCUGAUGUCGACGGCCUUCCUGUCCUACUCCGGCCCCUUCAACCAGGACUUCCGCCAGCUCCUCAGCAAAAACUGGCAGAAGGAAUGUAAGACCAGGAAGAUUCCAUUCACUGCCAACCUCAAUGUCAUUGACAUGCUGGUCCUACCCACCACUAUUGCGGAGUGGAACUUGCAAGGACUGCCCAAUGAUGACCUGUCCGUCCAGAAUGGUUUGAUAGUGACCAAGGCUUCCCGCUACCCUCUCCUAGUGGACCCUCAGGGUCAGGGGAAGAACUGGAUCAAGAACAGAGAGGGAGGGAAUGAGUUACAGAUCUCCAACCUGAACCACAAAUAUUUCCGCCAACACCUGGAGGACGCCCUGUCUCUGGGACGUCCACUCAUCAUAGAGGACAUCGGCGAGGAACUGGACCCUGCUCUGGACAAUGUCCUGGAGAAGAACUUUAUCAAAUCAGGUAAAACCCUGAAGGUGAAGGUGGGAGACAAGGAGGUGGAUGUAAUGGAUGGGUUCACACUGUAUAUCACCACCAAGCUGCCCAACCCCAGCUAUACCCCUGAGGUGUCUGCCAAGACCUCCAUCAUUGACUUCACAGUCACUAUGAAGGGUCUGGAGGAUCAGCUGCUGGGACGGGUCAUCCUCACUGAGAAAGCUGAACUGGAGAGUGAGAGGGUCAAACUAAUGGAGGAUGUGACGGCAAACAAGAGAAAGAUGAAAGAACUGGAAGAUAACCUUCUGUUCAGGCUAACAAGUACACAGGGCUCGCUGGUGGAUGACGAAGACUUGAUCAAUGUCCUUCACACCACAAAAGCCACGGCCCAAGACGUCAGUCAGAAACUUCAAAUUGCUGCUGAAACUGAGGUCAAAAUCACCGCUGCUCGUGAGGAGUACCGACCAGUCGCCACCAGAGGGAGCAUCUUGUACUUCUUGAUCACUGACAUGAGCAUGGUGAGCUGCAUGUACCAGACAGCUCUCAAACAGUUCCUGGGACUUUUUGAUCUCUCCAUGGAGCGUUCUAUGAAGUCGCCUAUCACCCAGAAACGUAUCUCAAACAUCAUCGAGUAUAUGACAUUUGAGGUGUGGAAAUAUGCAGCGCGCGGUCUGUAUGAGGAGCAUAAGCUGAUGUUCACACUGCAGCUCGCACUGAAAAUUGACAUGCAGGCAGGGAAGAUUAAGCAUGAGGAGUACCAGACAUUUAUUAAGGGUGGCGCUGCCCUUGAUUUGAAUGUUGUGACCCCCAAACCAUGCAGAUGGAUCCUUGAUCUCACUUGGUUGAAUCUGGUAGAACUGAGCAAUCUUCACCAGUUUUCUGGCAUCCUGGACCAAGUCUCCAGAAAUGAGAAACAGUGGAAGCAGUGGUUUGAUAAAGAUGCCCCAGAGGAGGAGGUGAUUCCUGACGGCUACAAUAAUUCCCUGGACGUUUUCCGUCGUCUGCUCUUGGUGAGGAGCUGGUGUCCAGAUCGCACACUCCCCAUGGCGAAGAAAUAUAUUGCUGAUACUCUUGGAGAGAAAUAUGCAGAAGGUGUCAUUCUUGACGUGGAGAAAAUGUGGGAGGAGUCAGAUCCAAGGACGCCUCUGAUUGGUCUGCUGUCAAUGGGCUCUGAUCCAACCAAUAGCAUUGAAGCUCUCGCCAAGAAACACAAACUUGAAUGUGGCGCCAUCUCCAUGGGUCAAGGUCAAGAGGUCCACGCCAGGAAACUUCUGACCAAGCUGAUGUCUCAGGGUGGCUGGGCUCUCCUCCAGAACUGUCAUCUGUGUCUGGUGUAUGUGAUGGAGCUGCUGGACCUGAUGACGGAGACGGAGAACAUCCAUGAGGACUUCAGGUUGUGGGUGACCACAGAGGUGCAUCCGAAAUUCCCUAUUGGUUUCCUACAAAUCUCCAUUAAGUUCUCCAAUGAGCCCCCACAGGGUAUCAAGGCAGGGCUGAAGCGUUCCUACGCUGGCUUCACGCAGGAUUUCUUGGACGUGUCCAACAUGCCUCAGUGGAAGCCAAUGUUGUACGGUGUCGCCUUCCUUCACACCACAGUACAGGAGAGAAGGAAGUUUGGACCUCUUGGGUGGAAUAUUCCAUACGAGUUCAACACCUCGGACUUUAAUGCCAGUGUCCAGUUUGUUCAGAAUCAUCUUGAUGACAUGGACAUUAAGAGGGGAGUAAGCUGGAACACUGUACGCUACAUGUUUGGUGAAAUCCAAUAUGGCGGCAGAGUGACAGACGACUACGAUAAACGUUUGCUGAAUACCUUCUGCCGUGUGUGGUUUGGAGACCACAUGUUUGGUGCAAACUUCAACUUCUACAAGGGUUAUACCAUCCCUAAGUGCACUAAGCUGGAUGACUACAUGACCUUCAUCCAAAACCUGCCCCUGGCUGACACCCCUGAGGCCUUUGGUCUACACCCCAAUGCUGACAUCACAUACCAGACCAAGACAGCCAAGAACAUCCUAGAUUGUAUCCUCAGCAUUAUGCCUAAGGACAGCGGAGGUGGCAGCGGUGAGACUCGUGAGUCUGUCGUGUUCCGUUUGUCAGACGACAUGUUGGAAAAACUCCCCAAUGACUACAUUCCCUUCGAAGUCAAGGCACGUCUGCAGAAGAUGGGCGCUUUGCAGCCCAUGAAUAUCUUCCUGCGCCAGGAGAUAGACCGCAUGCAAAAGGUUAUUACCACUGUGCGCACAACUUUGACGGAUCUAAAACUGGCAAUAGAGGGCACUAUUAUCAUGAGUGAGAGUUUGAGAGAUGCGCUGGAUUGCAUGUACGAUGCCCGUAUACCUGCAGCUUGGAAAAAGAUCUCAUGGGAGUCCAGCACACUUGGGUUCUGGUUUACUGAGCUGAUUGAGAGAAACAACCAGUUCAGUAACUGGUGCUUUGAAGGACGACCAAACACUUUCUGGAUGACAGGCUUCUUUAACCCUCAGGGUUUCCUCACUGCUAUGAGACAGGAGGUGACAAGAGCCCACAAAGGCUGGGCGCUGGAUACAGUCGUCCUCCACAAUGACGUCACACGCUACAUGAAAGAUGACAUCAACCAACCACCAGCAGAGGGCGUUUACGUCCAGGGUCUCUUCCUGGAAGGUGCAUCCUGGGAUAGACGUGGAUGCAAACUCAUUGAGCCGAAGCCCAAGGUGCUCUACGAGCCCAUGCCAGUCAUUCACAUCUAUGCCAUUAACAGCACUGGUGGCCAUGACCCGCGCAUGUAUCUCUCGCCAAUUUACAAGAAACCGAGAAGAACUGACUUGACCUACAUCGCCGAGGUGGAGUUGAAGACGACCCAGAAUCCAGACCACUGGAUCCUCCGCGGUGUGGCAUUGUUGUGUGAUGUGAAGUAGAGAGAUUGGUACUCAACUACAGCGUUGUUAAUGGUACUGUCCACGUUAAUGCUGUUGUUGUUAAUACUGACUGUAUUGGUUAAUACUGCUGACACUGCUACAAAACUUACAUGUAAACUUGUGUAUUUCGCAUUCAGGAACAAGACUUUUCUCUAUGCAGUGGCCAUUUUUACUUAGACCCCAUGGAGUCUAUGUAACAUACACGUAUUAAGGACAUUGAGUAGCUUUGCUUUCUGACAAUCAAAAAUGUUUUUCUAAUAAGUUUUAUUAAUGUAUAAUGCAAAUGUAUCAUACACACUUACUGUUUGACAUAGUUUGACCCUGUAUCAAUUUGACGUUGUUCUCGACAGCAGCCAUCUUUGAGUUUUUACAAAUCACUAAUUUUUAAGCACAAAUGUAUGCUUUGGUACCCAGGAGAGUAUAUUUGUCCUGAUAUACCCCUGUAAAUGUUUAUGUAAACCCCAGUAUAUAGUACUAGUACAAAACAGAGCAGCCCAGCCAUUAUAAAUUACGAUAUGUUUUUUUGCCUACCAGGCCCAGUAUUUAAUUUUCUAAAUGUUAUCAUGUUGUACUGGACUGUAAAAAUCAAUGGAAUUUACCUUUGAGAAUCAUAAUGGAAAAUAUAUUCAUAUUUCUAAUGGAAAGUGACUUUACAUUUUUCACAGCUUUCACUUCAGUGAACUCAUAUUUCCUAUAAGCUUUAUUUAAGUCCAUACAAAAUGUGAGGUUGAAUUUUCCAGGGUUCUCUCAAAGGAAUAUAAUACUGAAUUCUCCGUCUGUAUUCGCCAGAGGCUAUAUUUGUUCCUUCACUUAUUUUGAUUUCAGAGGUGUUGAUUUCUGUGUUGUUUCCUGUCAGAAGUCAAAUCUUGUUAUGAAUUGACAGCAUGGCAUGGGAGAGUAAAGUAAGCUGAAAACAAUCAUUUUUUCAUUUAACACUGUCAAUAUCUGAAAGCCAGAUUAUGUAUAUAUUUAAUUCCCCUAUGCAAUGUUUGGACCUGGUGAAUGGAUAAAUAUUACAGAUGAUUUUAUACAUGUUUUAGUGCCGUGUUCUUACUGAAGUGGCCCUGGCUAUGUAUAUGCAUAAGGUUAUGGUUGCCUGAUGUGUUUUUGCUAUAUAUUUACUGGUAUAUACUUAUAAAUAUACAUAUACUUAACUGUGAUCAAUGCCCUACCUUCACUUUUUGCCUGGGUAAACAUGAUUUAUUUACAAAACUUUUAAGUGUCAGUGAAUAUUUUGCUACUCUUAAUUGUAAGUGACUAUUGAAUUAAAAUUUCAAAGUUAUAUAUUCUGCAUAUUUUAGCUAAUAUUUAAGAGUAUUUUGAAUAUUUUAAAAUUGCUUGCUUUGUAUAAUGGCAAUUUUUUAAUCAU